AUGGCGCCUCAUCCCGAAGACUCCUCAUCUGCCGCUGAAUACGCCGAACGCGUCUUCCAACACCUAGAAGAUAGCCGCCCCUCUGACGCACCUGCCGAUUUCUCUGACUCCAAUCCUGAGAAUCCCAAAGUCAUUCAAAGAUCGAAGACUGAGAAGCUCAAGGCCCAGUUGCUUCAGCGUAACAAAGAUGCCUCUGAUGAGUCCCAAAUUCUUUACAAAUCUGGUAAGUCCCGCCUCCAACACACAGGUUCCUUCGGCGACAGUCGUGUGAAGAAGCUCGUUGCCAACUACGAAGCUCGAUCUCACCGUCCCAUGGAGACAGCUCAAGAAUCUGUUCGACGUAAGCGUGCACUGGCACAAGAUACCAAUAUCGCAACUGGCAAUGAAAGUGAGGAGGAUGAGAAGGAUUGGAUCAAGGUUGUCGAUGCGGACUUAGAUUGA